AAAUCAACGGCUCAGAUUUCACAGACUCCUCAUCGUGUAUAUUUUUCCGAUACGGUCCUUCUCCCUUAUAUCUAAAACCCCAGUACACAAAGUUCUGUAGUCACACUUCAUCACUCUCUCUCUCUAACUCUGCUCAUUUCUUCUCGAUCAUUCACUCUCUCUCUCUAGGAAAAAAUGGCCAAGAUUAAGAUCGGAAUCAAUGGAUUUGGAAGAAUUGGGCGAUUGGUGGCUAGGGUUGCUCUCCAAAGAGACGAUGUCGAGCUUGUUGCAGUCAACGAUCCCUUCAUCACCGUUGACUACAUGACCUACAUGUUCAAAUAUGACAGCGUCCACGGUCAAUGGAAGCACGACGAGCUCACGGUUAAGGAUGAGAAGACCCUUCUCUUUGGCAAGAAGCCUGUGACUGUUUUCGGCUUUAGGAACCCAGAAGAGAUUCCAUGGGGUGAAACUGGUGCCGAAUACAUUGUCGAGUCAACUGGAGUGUUCACUGACAAAGACAAAGCUGCAGCCCAUCUAAAGGGUGGUGCCAAAAAGGUCAUCAUUUCUGCACCUAGCAAGGACGCACCUAUGUUCGUUGUUGGUGUCAAUGAAAAGUCAUACACCUCAGACCUGAACAUCGUUUCUAACGCCAGCUGUACCACAAACUGCCUUGCUCCCUUGGCAAAGGUUAUUAAUGACAGGUUUGGUAUUGUCGAGGGACUUAUGACCACAGUGCACUCCAUUACUGCCACUCAAAAGACUGUUGAUGGACCAUCUGCCAAGGACUGGAGAGGUGGAAGAGCCGCCUCGUUCAAUAUUAUCCCCAGCAGCACUGGAGCAGCAAAGGCUGUUGGCAAAGUUCUUCCAGCUCUGAAUGGAAAGUUGACCGGAAUGUCCUUCCGUGUUCCAACUGUUGACGUUUCUGUGGUUGAUCUCACCGUAAGAUUGGAGAAGGCUGCCACUUAUGAUGAAAUUAAGGCAGCUAUCAAGGAGGAGUCAGAGGGAAAUUUGAAGGGAAUCUUGGGCUACACUGAAGAUGAUGUGGUGUCCACCGACUUUGUGGGUGACAACAGGUCGAGUAUAUUUGAUGCGAAAGCAGGAAUUGCAUUGAACGGCAACUUUGUCAAACUCGUUUCGUGGUACGACAACGAAUGGGGUUACAGCACUCGUGUGGUUGAUUUGAUCAAGCACAUCGCCGCCACUAAGUAAUUGAUAUAAGCUGGUUGUACUCGUUUAUGGUACGUCAAAUGAUAUAUCUAUGGUGGUGGAUUUUGAAAUUCGAGUUAGAAUAAAGUGUGCUAUGUUGGCAACAAUCUAUUAGAGUGUGGGUUUGUUGUAGUGGGUAUUUCAUAUUCGGAUCUAGAUUUUAUGAAUGGGAUGUAGGUCUUGACCCCAUGUUUUGAAGUUUCAUGGUGGAUAAUAUUUUUAAAAUUCGCUCUUUCGAACGUACUUGUUUAAUAACUCGAUAAUGCUGUUGUCUUGGCUCAGCUUUAUUGAAAGUGAAGUAUUUAAAUAAAGUUGCUCUUUUUCUUA